UCAACAUUGACACAGCCAUAAACCAGACUGUGACAAAUUCACCCUUUUUCACAUUAUUGCACAUUUUCUUCAGUAGAAAUAUGAUGGUUAAGAGUCUACUGAUCGUCGUGUUCUUAGUGUGUACCUCCUACGGCAGUCUUUCUGAUGUCUUCCUGGAUAAAGAAUGGGAGGACUUUAAACAUAUCUAUGGGAAAAUCUACUCUCAGCAGGAGGAACAGGAAAGAAAGUUGAUUUGGAAAGAAAACAUUGAUUUCAUCAAUAAACAUAACACUGAAGCUGACCUGGGACAUCACAGCUAUAGACUGGGAAUGAAUAAAUAUGGCGACAUGACCAGCGAAGAAGUGUCAGCAAUUCUAAAUGGAGCCAGGGGCUUUAGUGUUAUGAAUGGGAGUACUUUUCUACCACCCAACAACCUGAGGCUUCCAGAUACGGUAGACUGGAGAACAAAGGGCUAUGUUACUCCUGUUAAAGACCAGGGUAGAUGUGGAUCAUGCUGGGCUUUUUCAACCACUGGUGCGCUGGAGGGACAACACUUUCGGAAAACAAGAAAACUAGUUUCUUUAUCAGAACAGAAUCUUCUAGACUGCGACAAAAAAAGCCAUGGAUGUCAAGGGGGGUUACCAGAAGAGGCCUUCAAAUACAUCAAAGAAAACGGUGGAAUUGACACAGAAGAAUCCUACCCUUAUGUCGGAAAGAAUCAAUUCAAAUGCAAGUUCAGGCCGUCAAACGUUGGGGCAAAAUGUACAGGCAUAGUUAAUAUUCCCUCUGGUAACGAGCUCCAGCUUCAGAAGGCAGUGGCUAGUGUUGGCCCGAUCUCGGUUGCUAUCGACGCCAGUGUGAAGACAUUCCAUUUGUACAAAGAGGGUGUUUACAAUGAAAAGAGAUGUAGUACACGCCAGCUUGACCACGCCGUCUUAGUUGUUGGGUACGGUGUUUAUGAAGGAGAUGAGUAUUGGCUUGUAAAAAACAGCUGGAGCAAAUCUUGGGGUAUGGACGGCUACAUAAUGAUGUCCAGAAAUAAGGACAAUCAGUGUGGAAUCGCAAGUGAAGCCAUGUAUCCCACGGUUUGACAACAUAUUCCCUUGGAGUUUACGCAUAUGUUGUUGAAAUAAAGAUUAUUUAACUGAAGAAUUUACGUUAAAGAAAUGACAUAACUUUUUAUCAACUUGUCUUAUUUCCAUUUGUUUGUCUGGUCGUUUGUUUUCUUUUCUUUUGUUUUUCUACUGUUUUAAAAAUUAAAUAUUCAUUUGUUUAAAGUUUUAAUUCGCUAAGGUAAUCAACACUGAAUUUCAUUAUUAAAUACUGAUCUUCAUGUG